AUGCAGCACCUGGUGGUGAGAGCUUCCAGCCCGGCCCACCUGCAGGCGGACGACUGGGUCCUGAAUGGAGUCGGGCGCAAAGUCAGCCACUACUACGGGUACGGGCUCUUGAACGGCGGGCGCUUGGUGGAGAUGGCCAAGAGGUGGCCGAGGACUCCGCCUCAGCGGAAGUGCUUCAUUCAGGUGGUCUACAAAGCAAGGGCCAUCGGUUCACGACUGUCCGUCUCCCAGAACGUCUCGUCCUCCCCCUGCCUCCAGAGGAGACACCGAGGCAUCCGUUCCCUGGAGCACGUCCAGGUGCAACUGUCGCUCACUUACAGCCGGAGGGGAGACCUGGCCAUCUCGCUGACCAGUCCCAUGGGGACCACCUCCACCCUGGUGGACGUCAGGUGA